CAUCCCCUCAAGUCACAAUGUCUCGUAAGUAUCAUCAGCAUCACACUCGGCAGUGAUGACACUCGCUUCAUCAUACAGCUGCUUCAGGCAGAUCGUCUGUCUGGAAGCUCUUUUCAAAAAGUCAAUUCCGCUCACUCUGCUGUGAUCCACCUUCGUCUUCUUCCCUUGCCCUCCUCGUAGACUGUAAGUUUGAGCACCCCCGUCAUGGGUCUCUCGGUUUCUUGCCCCGCAAGAGGGCUGCCCGCCACCGUGGAAAGUGCAAGGCUUUCCCCAAGGACGACUCCAAGAAGCCUGUCCACCUCACUGCCAUCAUGGGUUACAAGGCUGGUAUGACCCACGUCGUACGUGACCUUGACAAGCCCGGAUCCAAGAUGCACAAGAGGGAGGUUGUUGAGGCUGUGACCGUUGUUGAGACCCCACCCAUGGUCGUCGUCGGUGUCGUCGGCUACGUCGAGACUCCCCGAGGACUGCGAUCCCUGACCACCGUCUGGGCUGAGCACCUGUCGGACGAGAUCAAGAGGCGGUUCUACAAGAACUGGUACCGAUCCAAGAAGAAGGCCUUCACCAAGUACGCCAAGAAGCACUCGGAGAACGGCGGCCAGGGUAUCGCUCGUGAGCUCGAGCGUAUCCGCAAGUACUGCACUGUUGUUCGAGUCCUCGCCCACACCCAGAUCCGAAAGACUGGUCUCAAGCAGAAGAAGGCUCACCUCAUGGAGAUCCAGGUCAACGGUGGAUCGGUCGCUGACAAGGUCGACUUUGCCAAGAACCACUUCGAGAAGACUGUUGACGCUGCCUCCGUCUUCACUGCCGACGAGUGCAUCGACGUCAUCGGUGUCACCAAGGGUCACGGUUACGAGGGUACCACCGCUCGUUGGGGAACCAAGAAGCUGCCACGAAAGACCCACCGUGGUCUGCGUAAGAUCGCCUGUAUCGGAGCUUGGCACCCGGCCAACGUUCGUUACACUGUUCCCCGAGCUGGACAGGACGGUUACCACCACCGUACCGAGCUCAACAAGAAGAUCUACCGAAUUGGCAACGGAUCUUCCGACACCUCGGGUUCCACCGACACCGACAUCACCAAGAAGACCAUCAACCCCAUGGGUGGCUUCCCUCACUACGGUAUCGUCAACAACGACUUCCUGAUCCUCAAGGGAUGUGUCGUUGGUACCAAGAAGCGUGUCCUUACCCUGCGAAAGUCGCUCUCUCCCCCCACCCACCGUGCUGCUCUCGAGAAGGCCUCUACCUCGCUCAAGUUCAUCGACACCUCGUCGAAGUUCGGUCACGGUAUCUUCCAGACCCGCGACGAGAAGUUCGCCUUCGAGGGUCCCAGGAAGAUCAAGGUCCUCCCCACCACCACCACUGCUUAAGCGCGAGCAGCGAUUGGGAAGGCUUGCAUUUCACUCUGCCCCCUCAUCACUUGUACCAUCACACCCUCUUGAGCUAUGCUGCUCAUUCAUCAAUGAGAUGCCCAUAUACAGAAUUCGACAUUGUGUGAGACUAUGAACAGUGACGGCGGUGUAUGUCUUGAUGUGAGCCGUAACAGGUGACCUACAUAAGUGACAUUAUCGAUUCCUGGUCCCGCCGUAUCCCGUCGAGGUUCGGAACGAAGAUGAGGAAGCUUGUCUUGAGGAUCCUGCCCCAUUGUCGUCAUAGCCAUAGCCAUUGCCUCCGUAUCCACCUCCUCCACCUCCUGUCCAGCCAGCCCCUAGUCCUCCGUUGCCUGCAUAUGGAUCAUAGCCUCUAUACCUUCUAUCCUCAUUACCCGCUCUACUCCGGUUGGCCAGCAAAGACGCUGCAGUUGCUGUUGCAAUACCUGUCCAGAAGCCAGGACGCCAUGAUGUGGAACCCGAAGCAUCGGUA